AUGGGGGUGAAGGUUUACGGUUUGGCGCGGUCGACGCCCACAACAAGGCCGCUGGUGUGCCUGGAGGAAAAGGGGGUCGACUAUGAACUCGUGCCUGUUAAUCUGGCUGCUGGUGCCCAUAAGCAGCAGCCUUUUUUCACUCUUUAUCCUUUUGGUCAGAUUCCUGUAUUUGAGGAUGGAGAUCUCAAGCUUUUUGAGUCUAGGGCUAUCUCAAAGUAUGUGGCACACAGGUACAAGGACAUUGGGACAGACUUGCUAGGCACCAGCCCGGCUGAAAUGUACUCAGUGGGAGUCUGGCUAGAAGUAGAGGCUCACCAAUUCAACCCAGCCAUCCAGCCCAUGCUUUAUGAGUUAUUUCUCAAGCCAUCCAGGGGAGAGACGCCGGAUACGACCUUGGUCGAGGCCCAGGGUGUGAAGCUCGGCAAGGUGCUCGACGUCUAUGAGGAAAUCUUGGCGAAGAGGAAGUACUUGGGUGGCGAUGUCUUCUCCCUUGCUGAUCUGCACCAUCUUCCUUGCACUCACUACAUUAUGCUCACCCCUUAUGCUUCCCUCAUUGCUUCGCGCAAACAUGUCAAUGCCUGGUGGGAGGACAUCUCUUCGCGCCCCACCUGGAAAAAGGUCUCGGCCUCCAUGAAGUUUUGAAGAAGUGUGGGUGUUUG